AGCGGGAAGCUUGGGUGACUCCGAGGCCGGAGGGGGCGGAUCCACCUCUGCCAGCGUGCGGGAAACUCGCGGCGGCGCCGGGCACCAGCGGAGUCCUCGCGCCCUGUGCUCGGGCGCCGGCCGCCCCUUGUCUCCUCCAGGCCUGUCGGCACCCCGCUCCUCCGCUUGCCCCGAACUCCGGUCCCCGCGUCCUGCGCGCAGCCCGCGGCCCCCGGUCGCCCCGCGCCCCCGCCGUCCGUCGUCUCCGCGGCCCAGGCCGAGCCCGCUGUCCUCACUUUUUGUCCUGGCGGCCCCGCGGUGUCCGGCGCGGGUCUAUGUUCCCGCGUACCCAAGUGAAACAAGCGCCGGAGGCCCGGGAGCGUCAGGCGGCGCGGGGGAGGCAGAGCUUCCGAGACGCGGCUAGCGGAGAGGCGGGGAGAAGCCAGGACGCGCGGGGCGAGGACGGCAGCGGCGGCGACGGCGCGCUCACUUCCGCCCGGCGCGCGGAGACCGGAAGUGUUCGUCACGUGACGGCCGCCAUCUGCGGGCCGGCGGCGCGGUCGGGCGGCUGGUGGCCUCCGGCGUUGGGGAUGGCUGAGGCGGCGCGCGGGCCGAGGCCGCCGGGCUGUGAGCACUACGACCGCGGAUGCCGGCUGAAGGCACCUUGUUGUGACAAGCUUUAUACCUGCCGGCUAUGUCAUGAUAACAAUGAGGAUCAUCAGCUAGAUCGCUUUAAAGUACAAGAAGUACAGUGCAUCAACUGUAAAAAAAUCCAACGCGCCCAGCAGUCUUGUGAAGAUUGUAGCACAUUGUUUGGAGAAUAUUACUGUAGUAUAUGCCAUCUGUUUGACAAAGAUAAGAAGCAAUAUCACUGUGAAAACUGUGGAAUUUGUAGGAUUGGUCCAAAGGAAGAUUUUUUCCACUGUUUGAAGUGUAACUUAUGCCUGGCUGUAAAUCUUCAAGGAAAACAUAAGUGUAUUGAAAAUGUUUCUCGGCAGAAUUGUCCAAUAUGUUUGGAGGAUAUUCACACGUCCCGUGUUGUUGCUCAUGUCUUGCCAUGUGGACAUCUUUUACAUAGAACAUGUUAUGAACAGAUGUUGAAAGGAGGCUACCGGUGUCCACUGUGCAUGCACUCUGCCUUAGACAUGACUCGCUACUGGAGACAGCUGGAUAACGAGGUGGCACAGACUCCGAUGCCAUCAGAAUAUCAGAAUGUGACUGUGGAUAUUCUCUGCAAUGACUGCAAUGGACGAUCCACAGUCCAGUUCCAUAUUUUAGGCAUGAAAUGUCAGAUUUGUAAUUCCUACAAUACUGCUCAAGCUGGAGGGCGUAGAAUUUCACUGGAUCAGCAAUGACCAGCUUGUACAUCACAAGAAAAUGUAGCAUUUGUGAUAGAAAAAAUUUCUGUGGAAAAGUACUCGUCAUAAUCAGUGCACUAGAGCCGGUAUGUACUGUCCUGGCAUCACAGUGCACCUCCCUAGUACAAGUAUGGAUUCACGAUCUCUGUAGAAUCAUCGUGUCAUAGCUCUCUACUGGGGGACAGCUCCUGCUUGUAUCUGGGUUGGAAUUUCCUUUUGGGAUCACUUGUUUAGAAGCCAAUGAUGUUUGUUACUGGAACUCGUAGCACUAUGUUAUAUUUUCAUGGCAUUUUGUUUUAAGUGGCAUUCCAUACACAGUUCAUUUCUAGUUCUUGAUAGAACUAGACUUCAUUCUCAUUGUAUUCUUUAAGGACUAUGCUAUGAUGAGAAUAAAUUCUACCUUCAGGUUAAAAACUUUAUAUAUGCUUUUGAAUUUUUUAAAAGUAGUCCUUUGGGGCCUACAAAUGAAUUUUGCUGUAAUAAGUGCUAAUAAAGUUAUAUUACAACAGUG